AUGUCGCCGGCCUAUGCCCGAGUCCAUGGCUUCGACGAGUCUCAUACAAGAUUCGCCUCCAAGUACUCUCUAUAUCUCUAUAGAGAACAAGGCAGAGACUCUCUUCCUGAUAAUGACGGCCAAAGCUUGAGACUGAGCGGAACUCCCGUGCUUUUCAUCCCUGGAAACGCGGGCAGUUACAAGCAGGUGCGGUCUCUGGCCUCCCAAUCAGCCAAUUCAUAUUACACCGAGCUCGAGAAAUUCAAAGACCUCAAUCCCAAUGUGAACAGCCUCGAUUUCUUCGCUGCAGAUUUCAACGAGGAUUUCACAGCAUUCCAUGGUAGAACCAUGCUGGACCAGGCUGAGUACCUCAACGACGCAAUAGGGUUUAUUCUAAGUCUCUAUCGACAUAACCCGACACCUGCACGGUCUGUGAUACUGGUUGGGCACUCAAUGGGAGGAAUUGUGGCCAGAGUGAUGCUCAGUCUCCCUAAUUAUGUUGAGGACUCCGUCAACACGAUAAUCACAUUGGCUGCACCCCACGCGGCGGCCCCGGCGACCUUCGAUGCCGACUUGUUGCACGUCUUUGCUGCCACUGACGAUUUUUGGCGUCAUGGCUUUGUCAGUCUGGACUCGGACGACUCAGGAUUCAGCAAGCUUGCACGAAGGAGACUGGAAAGCGUAUCGCUAGUGUCGAUCACAGGUGGCCUUCUUGACAACAUGCUUCCCGCCGACUAUACUUCGUUGACGGGAUUAGUCCCCGAGACCAAUGGGUUUACGAUUGCUACCACUGGUAUUCCUGGAGUUUGGACUCCAAUCGAUCAUCUCGCUAUUGUGUGGUGCGAUCAGCUUCGCAAAGUUCUGGCAAGUUCUCUGCUGCAACUGGUUGACAAAACAUCUGUAUCGCAGACGUAUCCGCUCCAAAAGAGAAUGGAGAUUUUGCGCAAGAAUCUCUUUACAGGCUUUGAGGCCGAUGCUACCCAGGACUUUGAUUCGUACAAGGCGGGCGCAGGUAAACUGGAUUUGCCAUAUAAACUCAAAAUCGACACGAAGCAAUUCAAAGACACUUCUCGACAGCGCAAUUUGCAACUACCUAGAUCCAAGUUGAAAAGGAACACGCAUUCAUCUCCAGAUAUGCAUUUGUUUUAUAUUCCGAAAGAUGGGCUCAAAUUCAAGUUCAAUUUUCUGAGUUCGCUAAAGCCUGUGGAUAUAUCUCGUUUAGGCGAAGGCUUUGCAUCCCCAUCUAUUAUGCUGUGCAGAACCCUGAAUCCGGACGGACGGUCUUUUAAAAAAGAAUUCGAUUAUACAACCGGCACCACAAGCAAGGCGGUUCAGCUAGAAUGCAUAGACAUUCAUGGAGACGCCCACAUGAUCCCAAGGUCCUACAGUGACUCCAAAUCUUCCAGUGAGUCGUCGCUGGGCGCAGAAAAACAGCCGUUCUAUUCUAUUCAGUUGGACUCCCGAGUUCUCUCGAUGUUUGAUGCUGUGGUCAUUGCCGAGUCGCCAGUGCCAGUAGAAAGUCCGGAAUUUGUUCUUGCAGACCUGGAGCUCACUCAGUCCACGGACCUUAUCUUAGGAGACUACAGCCUAUGGACGUUGUUCAGUAGAGGAUACGAUAUCACUUUACCUGCUCACCGGCCUUUGUCAAUCAGCAUUAAGAUCCCUUCUGCAUGGUCCAGUUUACUUGCAUACAACUUUGAUAUACGUUAUCAGCAAUCGCAGAUGGAAAGAUUCUCGCCCAUGAUCAGCCAGAGAAUCAGAGACGAGACUAAAUGGCAUAUCAAUGUACAUCAGGAUAAAUCGAUUACCGCAUUAGUUCAGGGAGUUUCUCCAUUCUGCCCUUUCACUAGAGAUGAUACAUCAUCGCUAGAAUUGCAAAUAUUCAGCGACUCCUUGGCUUCUGACCAGAUUAUGGACAUCUACUUGACCGUGGACUGGUUCAAGUCGCUAAAGUUACUGGUUCUCAAAUACAGGCUUUCGGUCUUCAGUUUCCCCGUCUUUAUCACAACGCUUGUGUUUUUUCUGCAAUUCAGAAAGUACAUCAACGAAGACGUUUUUCCAUCUUUUGGGGAAGGGUUGUAUAUGCUCUGUGAUCCACAUGUUCUCAUUCCGUUGGCUUUGGCACUAAGUGUUUUGUCUUCGUUUGCAUCGCACAGUUUUUUCCAGAAGCUUUUGAGUUACAUCGACCCCGUGGACUUUGGAAACAAGACUCUCAUGCAUGAAAUAGAAAAGUCAGACGUAUUCGUUAACCUCUACUUUCUGGGUCUCGAAGAGAAAGCUCUCUGGUUCUUUGGGCCUGUGGUAUUGGUGAUUUCGUUGUCGUUGGUAUGUGCAUUUUACAACCUUCUUGAGGUUUUGCUAUGGACGAUUGUUGUGUGUUUGCGCAAAUUGCACAUUUCGAGCCUUUUCAAACCUGGCAUGUCUGGCAAUUACAAUAAACGUCGUGCAUUGGGUACUGCUUUAAUUCUUGCACUUGUGCCCCUAUACAUUCCGUACCAGUUUCCCUAUGUCGUCAGCUGUUUGGUGCAAUGCACAGUCGUGAUACGUGCCUUUUUGACCAGCCCGGGUCAGAAACACGUAUCUGUGGAGACCUUCCGCAACUUCAAUUUCUCGCUGCUCAUUUUAAUGCUGUGGAUUUUACCGGUGAAUAUUCCGGUGCUAAUCGUUUGGAUCCACAACUUCUCGCUACGUUGGGCCACGCCAUUUUCCUCGCAUCAUAAUUUUCUGGCCAUUAUUUCUAUCGUUUUCCUUGUGCAGAACAACGUUGCAGGCAACAUCAUUCCAAGGCCAACUUCGGUGGUAACCAUCUUUGUUACAAAGUUUGUGAUCGUAUACUUUUCGUUGUGCUCACUCAUUUACGGCACGCGUCACCUUUUUUGGUUGCAUUAUCUGUUCAAUUUCUUGUGCGCAUGGCUGCUCUGCUUGCUUUUGGAAGACGUUUGGAAGAAACAGGUGAAGAACGUCUCCAUGUUCAAAAAGGAGGACACACCAUCCAAGCUAAACUAG